UCCCAACACGGAAGUAGCCCGUGUUGUUGUGGCAGUGAGAUCCAUCCUCCGUUAAACAGCCACAAUGCGUGUUAUUUAGGGUUUUAACAGUAAAAGACAGCAGUUCUGGUUCUUUCAUAUUAUUAGUUUAUGAUAAAAUCCCAUUGCGUGUCGUAAAUGAGUUUUCCGUGGAUCUACGCGGCCCUUGCGUUUGGUUUUGCGGUUUUUUCGGUUGCCAUUGCCGUAAAUGGAAACAAUUUGGCCAUGCCACCGGCUGCACCCGCAGUUGUCGGCGUUUGCGCUCUGACCGGGAUGUUUCUGCUGUGGAGAGACAUCAGCUCAAAGCUGAAAGGAGACCAGCGGACGUGGGGCAGCCUGCUGGGUCAGUAUGCGGCCGUGAAGGCCGUGGGGCUGCUGGGGAGGCGGCAGAGGAGGAAGCUGGACCUCGACACCGUCAAGGUGAAGGAGGCGCAGGAGGAGACGCUGUUGAAGCGGCUGCGUAAAAACGCAGACACAUGUUAUGGAAGACAGUACAACUUCAGCUCCAUAAAAGACUCUGAGGCCUUCCGGGCUCUUCACCCUAUAACCACGUAUGAGCACUACCGAGAACUCAUCCAGCGCAUUGCAGCCGGGGAGCAGAAGGUGAUCAUUGCGGAGAGGCCGCUGAUCCUGGCUAUGACCUCUGGGACGUCCGGACCCAGCGCCAUGCUGCUCAGCACCAAGGCCACAAACGCAGAGUUCUUCCUCCAGGGGGUGGCUGUGUGCUUAGAUGUCAUGCGAGAAGCCUUUCCUGAGACGGACAGCCUUCAGCGCACCGCCAAACUCUUCUACACUCCCACGUUUCGCCAAUCGGAGGCUGGCAUUCCCAUCGGACCAAACUCCUCCACGCCGGCGUCUUCCCGCCACAUGCUCAACCUUUACACCACUCCGGCUCCGGCCUUUGAGGUUCCCAGUGAGAAGGACACCCUAUACCUGCACCUCCUGUUCGCUCUGAAGGAUCCCACUGUGGGAACUCUGGAGUCCAACUUUGCCUCCACGGUUUUUUACGCUUUCGCUGCCCUUCAGGAGCGCUGGCAGGAGCUGGUGGAGGAUGUUCACAGCGGCACAAUCAGCAGCUCUUUGUCUCUGGAGCCCAAAGUGAGGACCAGCCUGGAAGCUCUCAUGAAGCCAGACCCCCAGAGAGCUGCACAGCUGCAAUCCCACUUCCAGGGGGGCUUCAGCGGGAUCGCCAAGCGCCUGUGGCCGCAUCUUCACCUGGUGCUGGCGGUGGACUCGGGGUCGAAUCAGAUUUACGGGGAAAUGCUCAGGGAGCACUACUGCAAAGGGGUUCCUUUCUACUCACCCUUUUAUGCAGCAACUGAAGGUCUGAUAGGGGUGAACCUCUGGCCUCAGGAGUCCAGGAGACGGUACCUGCUGUGUCCACGUUCCAUGUUCUGCGAGUUCCUGCCAGAGAGCAGCCUGGAGGAGGAGACGCCACGAACUCUGCUGAUGGAGCAGGUGAAGCAAGGAGAGAGCUACGAGCUCGUCAUCACCAACGCCUCGGGACUCUACAGAUAUCGCAUGGGUGAUGUUGUGAAAGUUGUUGGAUUCUACAACCAGUGUCCCAUGGUGGAGUUUCAGUACAGACGCGGUCAGAUGCUGAGCGUUCGAGGGGAGAAGGUGUCUGAGGCGCUGUUCCUCGGUGCGUUGAAGAAAGCUGUGGAUCAGUGGCCUGGAGCUCAGCUGGUUGACUACUCCUGUGCUGAGAGCGGCAUCUUGGGAGACUCGAUGGGCGGCUCAGACCCUCAUUAUCAGGUGUUCGUAGAGCUCAAAGGUGUGAGGAAUCUAACCGAAGAGCAGCGUCAUAAGCUGGACGUUUGCCUGCAGCAGGACUCGGCGGUGUACAGAUCUUUCCGCAUUAAAGGCAGCAUCGGUCCGAUGAGGGUGCAGCUGGUGGCGGACGGAGCAUUUAGGGAACUCCGCAAGCGGAUGAUGGAGCACAGCAUGACGUCACCCAACACAUUUAAAAUGCAACGAGUGCUGCGCAGGAAAGAGUUUGUGGACUUCCUACUUGGAAAAACGGUGUCCUGAAACCCAUAAAACACCAGAUUUACAGAUUUGGACAUCAUUAUGCCGUGCCUAUGAAGCACGAGAAAAAUAUUUUGUAAUUAUAGCGAAAAAUUUCUUCUGAAAAGUUGAUAAGGAUUCACAUAAUGAUGGACAUAAUGUCAGCGGCUCAAGAAAAAACGAAACAUUUUUUGAUGUUGUUACGAGCCACGCCCCCAUCUGAGGACAAACAAUAAACAAAAGCUAAAAAAGUUUUAAAACUUUUGUUUUAAAUUUAUUUCUGUUUAUGUAAGUUUUUAGAGUGAACGCCACCUAGUGGCUAUAUGGUCAACUGGCCUGGUUCCACUUGAACAUUGAGGGUGAACGUUUUUUUUAUAAAUAUGCAAUUAAAUUAUUUUAUCAAAUAAAUUUAUUGAAUGAUGUGAGGAAAAUGUAUUUUCAUUGCAGGUUUGUAGUUUAAACUUGUGAUGUAAUUUUGUUUUUUUUAACAAAUACUGUAAUACAUGUUUUGACUUUCAUA